AAACUCUGUCCGUCAGAGGCCAGGAGAGGCAGCAGCUUUCCUUACAAGGAGUUUGGCAAGAGCUCAGCUGGCGAAAGUCUCAGGGAACGGGAGUUUCCUCUUCCUCUGCCUCAUUCAUUCAAGUCAAAUCGGAGUGACCUGCAGCUGUGGGGAGCAGGCAGACGCCUCUUUGUUCCCAGCGGUGAGAGAGAAGGUGGGGGGGGGGGGAGUCCCUCCUCGUUGCUCACUCCCUGCUUCGAUCUGGGGAGGGAGGCCUUGGAGAGGGACUCUCAGCAGCCCGAAGGUGGAAACAGUUGUGGAUGUGUGGCUGUCAAGUGACUGUGUCUUGCCAAGAGGUCCCAUGGCGAUCCAGCUGUAAUCUGAAGCCAGAGGAUGUCUUCCAUGUUCAGCAAGACUCGGACGGCCCACUGUGCGAAUGAGCGCCAUCUCCACACCUUUCCCCAGGAAUGCAACGUGGCCAUAUUGGGGUGUCAAGGAUCUGGAAAAUCAGCGUUGACAGUGAAGUUUCUAACCAAGAGGUUUAUAAGUGAAUAUGAUCCUAACCUAGAGGACACGUAUGCUUCAGAAGAGGUGGUGGACCAACAACCAGUUCUAUUGAAGGUCAUGGAUACGGCCGACCAGGAUGUGCCAGUGAGCUGCGAGCGAUACUUGAAUUGGGCCAGCGCAUUCAUGGUGGUCUACAGCAUAGACAACCGGAAGAGCUUUGAGGGAAGCCAGCGAUACUUGGACAUCAUAGCACUGCACCUGAAAAACGCCCAGCAUGAAUCUCCGGUUUUCCUGGUGGGGAACAAGCUGGACAUGGAACAAUACAGGCAGGUGACGAAAGCUGAAGGGAUUUCUCUGGCCUCCAAGUACGGCUCCUCCUUCUACGAAGUCUCGGCCUGCCUGGAUUUUGAAUCCGUGCAGCACAUGUUCCACGAGGCAGUGCGCGAGGUGAGGCGGGAGAUGGAGAGGCACAUGGCGGUCCGCCCCUUGCUCAUCAUUGAGGAGAGGCCAUCCCUUCACCUCGUCCCUCCAGCCGCCAUGGCCUCCAAGCACAGCCUGGCCAGCUGCACCUACAACACUCUCUCCACCGUGAACUUCAAGGAAAUCCCUUCGGUGGCCCAGGCCAAGCUGGUCACGGUGAAAUCCUCCAGGGCCCAGAGCAAGAGGAAGGCUCCGACGUUGACAUUACUGAAGGGAUUUAAGAUAUUUUGAGGCGAGCCUGCAAAGGGCUGCUUCAAGAUGGGGGAGCAAGUUGGGGCCCUUUGCCUGACUGCAUUAUCCCUCAGCAGCCAUCUUAAAUGCUGGUGUACUGGCCUUCCUUGCUUUCUGCGUGGCCUACAGCAAAGCAUGCUGGGAACAUAAGAAGAGCCUUGCCAAAGAUUCAUCUAGUCCAGUGACCAGUUCUUACAGUGACCAACCAGAUGCUUAUGGGGAAAACACAAGUAGCACAUGAGUGGAACAGCAACUCUCUCUAUUUGUGAUUCCCAACGGCUGCUGUUUUGGGACCUAACACCUCCGACAGUAGUGGUUUUCAGCGACAAGGCUGCACCCUCCUGUUCAGGCUCCAGUCCAGUCACUGCUGUGCUGCUUUCUGCUCUCCCCCAAUCCGGCUGAUCCAAACCCACCCCAGCUUCCACUGAGGCUCUCUACUCCCCGGGAAGAGCUGGCAUCCCUGCUCCCCCUUCCAAAGUGACUGAAGCCCAACACGGGUCAGCACCCCCAGACCCAUUUCUUCCUCCUCUAUCAGAGCCUGCUAUGCCGAUGCCAAAACUGCAAGGCUAACAGCAUUAAGCGACUGUGCUGCAUGCAGUUUGACCAGGGUUAUUACUGACGCUGCUCCAAGACCUUUUUCAAAUUCUGCACCCAAAGCACGGAUAUCUUGCAACCGGCAGAAAUUGCAUUUCAUACUUGCAUACUUUUGUCGCUCUUGCAAAGUUUGUCUGCGUUAUGAUUGGCGUUUUGUAACCACCAGUGUGUGUGUGUGUGUGUGUAUGAUAGGCUAGGAAAUGGAGCUAGCAGAUGGAGCUAGCAGGAGGACAGGCAAAUGCGCUGGGGUGCGUGGGCAGGAGCACAUGACGCGUGUGCCGUUGAAACAAAAAGUGCCUGUUGUUUGGGUAUUGACGAUGCCUCCACAUCCAGCUUUCCAACGCACUGCCAAAGAACAGGCUAAAGGGACACAGAGCCCCCUGGUGAAAGAAUGGCAUAUUGUUCCUUGCAUACAUUUUCUGUCAGCGCCCCUGGAGCAGGGGUCAACAGCUUUUUUUUGACCUGUGGGCACAUUUGCAAACCGGAGAAUCUGUCCUGGGCACCAAACACACACAGCACAUUCAAGUACACGCUGCAAACCUAGGGUGCAUUCAGAAGCAGAGAGUAUUGUGUUCGUUUUCCUGCUAGCACUUCUGAACUGAUUUCUAAUGUUCCUUUCACACUGCAGUGUCACGGAACUCUGGCUUUAUGGCUAAGAUACAGGAAUGCCACCAUAGGAGCCAACUCCCCAAUAAAAUAUUUGAGGGGCCAAGUUAACGGGCAUUGCUAUUCAA